CUAAAGCCUAAUUCAAAAGCCAUGUUCUCCAAAGCUGUGCUGCUCUUGGCCGCCAUCCUGGCAUCCCGAUGCUUUGACAGCGGCUCUUCCAGACGAACGCUCGCAGUGGCCUGCGAGGAUGAGGAGGAGGAGGCUGCUAAGGCCAUGGAUUCGACGGCGGGGCUGGAAAACAAUAGAUAUAGCUAUGACUAUAGUACUGCCAGUAAUAACAACAACUACAAGUACCGAGUGUACGGGGAUGUUGAUGGCAUUGCAGAUAGCAACGAGUCCGACAACAAUGGCAACUAUAACUACAACAAAGCACCGGCCAAAUGGCAGCAACAGCAGCAGUAUUACCAGCAACAACAGCAAAAACUCUACGGAAAUCCCAUCCACGGCAUAUACGACAGCCAACAGCAACAUGAACAACAGCAGCAGCAGCAACAGCAACAGCAACAGCAGCAACAUGAACAACAGCAACAGGAACAGGGACUAGGAGAGUUUGAUGAUGAUCCCGAGAAUGCUCGCAACGACUUCCGUCUGCAAUUGUCCGACUUAAAUGCGGCCGUUCAAGGUGUGGACAGGUUUGAUGGCCAGGACCGUGACAGCAGCAACAGCAACGAUUACGGGGAAGACACCAGCAACUGGCACGACCAAUUGCAGCUUACUCGACGAAGCCGCAACAGCAACAUUAAUCAAAGGGCAGCUGAAGAUGAUGAAAGACUGGCACCAGUACCAGGUCAGGCGGAGUUGGCCGGAGAUGAUGGCGUGGACGUCGAGGGCGAAGAGGACUACGCUGUGACCCGGGAGGGUCAGGAUGAGGAAGCCAAUGAGUUGAGUGCGCAGCUUCCCUACGGCAUUCAAAAUGUGCGAAAGCGACGCGUGCGCAGCGUUAUGCCCCCACCCCAGCACUUAAUUGGCCCCAAUCCCGGCUCAGAUGGGGUGGUCACUUACCAGUCGCUCUGUCCGACGAAUCGCGUCACCGUUAAGCUGGACAGCGGAGAAUACCGUCCCAAUCACUACGUGGAGGUCACCUGUGCCAACAACUAUUCGCCCCUUCCGUCCCGGAAUCACAAUUACGAGUAUGGCUACAGGGGCAAUGAACUGCUCCGGGCCCUGCUUUCCGAAAGAGGCGAAAAACGAGAGAUAUGCUCUGCGACAGGCUUCUCCUGCAUCCAACUGAAUCGCACCAUUCACCUGAUCCGAUUGAACGAGGGCUCCGGUUGCUGGGAAUCCGAGACACGGACAGUGCCCUCCGGUUGCGAGUGCAUGUGGCCGAAACACAGCUAUGGGGACAUCGCCUUCUAUCAUCAGGCGCAGAAGAAGCGGAGUGGCGCCUCCACCCUAAGGACGCAUCAUCACAGCAUCAAUGUGGACUAUAAACCUGGCGUAGGAUACCGCCAACUGACUCUCCGCAACCGAAAUCCCAGCUCUCGCACUCGACGCGAAGACCUGGGCUAUGAUAGCUAUGAAUUCAAAUAGUAGACUCGAAUGCAAAGGAGAGUGGACUUGGCCCAAUUGGAAUUUUGGCUUUUUGUGGUUUAGCAACUAAGUUUGAUCCCCAUAAAUUAUUUUUCGGUUUAGAUUACAAUUAGUAUUUAGUGGCGGUGUAUAAAAUAUACAAAAAAAAACUACAAUG